AGGGCUUAAUAUAACAAUAAUUUUCAGCAAGAAUUUUGAUCUAAAUCAAUCCAAAUCACAUCCAAGUGAUGUUAAGUUCUUUAUUCAACCUCUAAAUAUCAUUUUCAAUAAUGUCAAACAACACUCGCUUCAAAACAACACAAAAAUCAAAUUCACUUGAAACACAAUCUUCUUAGAUGAAUUUUUAACAAUCUCCAAGAACUCCUGUUCAAAAAUGGUAUAACUUUUCAGAUCUGAAGAAGAAGAAAAGAAGUUGGAGAAAAGAAGAAGAAGAAGAUAAGAAAUAGACCGUAUGAGAGAUGAAAGAGGUGGAGUAAAAGUGCUGGUAAGCAUUAAAACGUGUAACAGAGAGGAUUCUUUUGCUGAGGAGCUCAGUUAGCAUGGAAUUGAGUGGAUUCUUGUUGGUGCACAACGUAUACUUUUGCAUAGCUUGUCCUUUUCCCAAGCUCAGUCUGCUGGUUUGUGUGAGUGAGAUGAGUGAAAGGAAAAAAAUCUGAACUUUUAAGAAAACAGAGAGUGUAUUGGUUAUUGGUUCUUUAGUGGAUAUCAGAGAUCAAAAUGGGAAAGAGAAGUAGACCAAGAAAAGAUCAAGAACAAGAAAUUACAAAUACUGAAGGAAGAGGCUCUUCUCAAGAAUUUCAAAAGAAAGAAGCAAUGGCUAAGGGAAGAGUGAUGAGGAUGAAAAAAGAAACCACACUAGGGGCUGGUUCGUCUCUUCAAUCAACACAUCUGGCAAUUGACACGUGUAACAACUUUCUUGGCUGGACAAUGUUCUUGCAGAGCAUAGUACUCUGUUUAAGUUAUCAAAGCUCAGUAAUUGCUGUUAGAGUGAGAGAGAGAAAAAAAUUUGAACUUUGAAGAAACAAAGGGAAAAAAAAGAGUGUAUUGGAAUAUUGGGUCUUUGAAAACUAGUAAAAAAAACACAGAAAUGGGAAAGAGGGGAAGAUCAAGAAAGGAUCAAACACAAAAAAAUCCAAGUGUUGAAGGAGCACCUUCUCAAGAAUCUCAACAACAAGAAACAAUGGCUUCUUUAUGGAGUGGAAGAGUGAAAAGAAUGAAACAAGAACCCACAAUAGGCACUGGUUCAGCUCUGGAUUUUGUGCCUUCACCAUCCCGUCCUCAAACCCGCACUUAUUUGAAGGCAGUCAUGGAUAAUUGUAGGUUUAAGACUGCUACGCCAAGGUCUCCAGUUCGAAAUGUUAAGGCGUCGCACCCUUCCAGUGCUACUGCUCAUCUUAUCUCUGGAAUUUCUAAAGCAAUAAAUGAAAAGGUUGUUGAUUCCGUGCAUCAAUCUAUUCUAACUAACCAUGGUGCCCUGGGUGGGGAAAAUCAGAAACAGGGGCAACACACUCAAACAGCUCCUUCUUUCCCUGAAGUUGUAAUGGAGAACAAUGCAACCGUAAAUAAGGCUGAUGUUGUGUCCAAUGCUAAUGUCCCAGAACCACAAACCAGAAGUGGCCAGAGUGGUGCGUGUCCAACAAAAUCCAUGAGUCUUAACCUUACAAGGGUAGCUGCACUAAUGAAUGACUAUUUAUCUGAUCCUGAUGAGAUUGAAUCAAGACCUGGUGACCUGUCAGUCAUUAACGGGUAUAGGGUUAAGCAGGAAGCAGCACCUAUCCUGGAGAAGAUUUUCCAGAAGCACGGUGAUAUUGCAAGGCAUAGCUCUUUCACUUCAACAAUUUGUUCAUCACUCCUGGAGUUUGUUUGCGACAUCUAUAAGAAGUUGGAGGAAACAAAUUUCCUAAGUUUAACGCCCAAGGAGAUUCAAUCCAUGCUUGCUGAAGUUAGAGAUCUCAAAUCUGCUGCCAAAAUAGAUGUUGGGUGGCUCAGUCAAAGGUUGAACAAUAUCUCUCAGGCCAACCAACUUGUACAUGACAGUUGCAAACUUAAGGAGGCAAAAACCAGGAACCUUGUAGUGAUGGAGACAAACAAGAAGGAACAGGAUGAAUUGAAGAAAGAGUUGGCCGCUUGCAUCGCAACAUGCCGUGUUUUGCAAGAAAAAAUCAGCAAAAAAGAGGAUGAGUUUGGCAUCGCGCGUUCUGAAAACGAAAAGAUCAUGCAGCAGUUUGAAGACUCGAAGGCUAAGGUGAAAGGUUUCCUCAAGAAGCCCUUGGUCCAUGACCUUCUUUGAGCAGCCUGGUAUUUGUGGUUGUUUGUCUUGUAUAGGACCUUGUAAAUGGUCCUUUUCACUAAUUUUUAAUCCCCUUUGCUUAUAAGAGGAAUCCUAUUAUUCUAUAUAUGACAAUUCUUAUUUUCAACCCUUGAAUCAUUAGGCCCUAACUGCAUGAGUUGCAGAAGAACUGAAACAGAAAAAGAAUGACCAGUUUUAUUUGCCACUGAGGAUUGGGAUGAGCAGAGAUGUAGAAACUCUUAUAGCAGCUGCAUUGCUCUCCAAUUAAGAGAACAAAUGUUAAUACUUGA